AUGAGGCUCGCUGUUGCUGCUCGUUUCUGCCGAGAAGGGAGAGAGACGACGGGAAUUUUGAGGAGGAAGGAGAUGAGGGGCGAUUUGCAGAGUUCUGGAACGGGAAGAAGAAAUGAAAUUGCGGCGCUCUCUCUCGCUCUCGGCUUUAAUAGAGGGGAGAAAAUUAGGCUCAAUACAACAAUAAAUUGGACGGGCCUGUUCAUAGCGGAUAAAUCCAAGUACUUGAGGAAUAAAAUCCUCCACGAUGCGGCCACUGAGCUUGUUCUUCCUAGGGCGAGCUUCUCAAGCGAAUUGAGCUCUCAUAUGGGGGAUUGGGCCGGUGAGGUUCUGACCCAAGAGGUUGAUUCCAGUGACGACCCGCCGGUGAUUUUGGGGAAUCGGCACGCAGUGGGGUCGGGUGCCCAGGAAUCAAGCAUCGGGUGUUAG